UGAAGGGGAAGGGAGGGGGCGUGCCGGGGCAGUCUGACGCCACAACCAAAUAACGAGACCGUAGAGCGGGCGUGUCCUCUCUAGUCCGGCGUCGGACUUUUGACGAUUGAGUCGAGGGAUGAAAAAGCCGCAGUAGCGUGCUUACCUAAACCAACAACAGUGAAACAACAACAGCGGCAACAAAGCCAAUCGGGACUGAAAUGAAAGACUAAUAACGAGGUAGCUAGACACGGGAGAGCAAGUGGACGACGAGGCCACUCCACAGGGGGACUUAAUAGUGAAGCCACACAGGAGAUUCUUUGUACAACAAGGACAUGGCCGAUGCAGAACUGGACUUUCAGACGGGCGACGCCGGCGCGUCAGCCACCUACCCCAUGCAGUGCUCAGCCCUGCGCAAGAACGGCCACGUUGUGCUUAAAGGUCGCCCCUGCAAGAUUAUGGAGAUGUCCACCUCCAAAACGGGCAAGCACGGCCACGCCAAGGUCCACCUGGUUGGCAUCGACAUCUUCUCCGGAAAGAAGUAUGAAGAUAUCUGCCCUUCCACCCACAACAUGGACGUUCCCAACAUCAAGAGGGUUGACUACCAACUGAUCGGUAUCCAAGAUGGCUACCUCUCCCUGCUCCUGGACAGCGGGGAGGUCCGAGAGGACCUGAAGAUCCCAGAUGGUGACCUGGGCAAAGAGAUCGAGAGCAAAAAUGAAGCUGGGGAAGAAAUCCUGGUGACCGUUCUCAACGCAAUGGAUGAGGAAGCUGCCAUCGGCAUCAAAGCUUUUGGGAGAUAAGCACCAAGUGUGUUACAGGGGCUGCCGGACCUUGGGGGGCAAAGGGAGGACGUGUUGCUAUCCUCCUUUCCUUCUUUCUUUUUCAUAGCUCUCCCUCUCUCUAUACUUCAGAGCAUGGGUUUCUAAUGUUUAUUAUGAUUGUAUAUUAGGAGCAAUUGGGUUCAAUGCCCACUGAGCAAUUUGGGAGUAUCCAAGUGGCAUUAAUGCGACUCUAUUUUUAUUUUGAAUCUUUUUUACUUGAUCCCCCGUUUUGUCAAAGGGCUUCAUUGCAAAAAAUAACGGAAGCUUGCCAUACAUUGCGGUUUCCUCUCAAGCGCGGCUAAAUUCGGUUCCCGCCCGUGUUUAUUUUCCAAACGCUCGUUACAGGAAGUCCAAUUAAAAUGGAGGUAACCAACUAG